AUGCUCAGUUCACUGUGUUGUCAGGCAAAAGAGAAGACAGCAGUGGAACAGAGGAGAUCUGCGACAGAUAAACACAGAGAGAGAGAGAGAGAGAGAGAGAGAGAGAGAGAGAGCAGGAGAUGUGUGAGUGCUGAGGGCUUCUGCUGUAUACUGGAUGGUCUGUGUGUGCCGUGUCUCUUGAUGUAUUGUGUUCUUCAUCCUCUGUGUUUCGUGUCGGAGGAGAAGCAUCCGUCUGAAGAAAGCUCAGAGCUGAUCUCACUGAAGACGUCUCCUGUCGUCGCAGAGGGCCUGUUGUUUUGCUGAAAUGGAUCAGAAAAGCUUCAUCCUGUCAGAGAUGCGUCUGUGAACACCAGAGCCGAUGGAAGUCAAAGGUCAGGGCUGGACGGAUGAAGAAUCAGAUGGAGAGAAUGAACCGGAGCAGUUUGUGUACGGGAUUCAGGGGAGCUGCGCAGCUGACCUGUACCGUCACCCACAGCUGGACGCAGACAUCGAGGCCGUAAAAGACAUUUACACGGACAGCGCUGUGUCCAUCAGAGAGUACGGCACCAUCGAUGACGUAGACAUCGACCUGCAGAUCAACAUCAGCUUCUUGGAUGAGGAGGUGGCGACCGCGUGGAAGGUGAUCCGAACCGAGCCCAUCGUCUUACGCCUUCGUUUCUCUCUUUCACAGUACCUGGAUGGACCAGAACCAUCUGUGGAGGUGUUUCAGCCGUCCGCUAAAGAAGGCUUCAGUUUGGGUCUUCAGCUAAAGAAGAUCCUCAGUACGUUCACGUCGCAGCAGUGGAAGCACCUCAGUAAUGAGUUCCUCAAAGCCCAGCAGGAGAAGCGGCACAGCUGGUUCAAAGCCGGAGGAACCAUCAAGAAAUUCCGUGCAGGAUUGAGCAUCUUCUCCCCGAUUCCCAACGUGAACUCAUCCGCUGGCUGUGGCCUCCAUCUUGGCUCCAGGUCUCCCAGUUUCCCCCUGAUCCAGGACACGGUGUUGAAAGGCAAACUGAACGUGCCCGAGCUCAGAGUCCCCCGGCUCAUGAACCGCUCCAUCUCCUGUACCAUGAAGAACCCCAAGGGGGAGCUGUUUAGUUAUCCUCCGAACAGCCAGACUGUGGCUGUCCCGGCGGGCAGGGCCCCUGCGCAGAUUACCACCCGCCAGCUGAUUGAGUUGUUUUUCUCAUCCCAGGCGGGCGGACACUGCAAGAACAUCCCCACGCUGGAGUACGGCUUCCUCGUGCAGAUAAUGAAAUACUCUGAGCAGCGGAUCCCUACUCUGAACGAAUACUGCGUGGUGUGUGACGAGCAGCACGUCUUCCAGAACGGAUCCAUGCUGAAGCCCGCGGUUUGCACGAGAGAGCUGUGUGUGUUUUCCUUCUACACGCUGGGAGUGAUGUCCGGAGCGGCCGAGGAGGUGGCCACCGGCGCUGAGGUGGUGGAUCUGCUGGUGGCUAUGUGUCGCGCCGCUCUCGAGUCGCCCCGUAAAAGCAUCAUCUUUGAGCCGUAUCCGUCUGUGGUCGACCCAGGUGACCCCAAAACACUCGCAUUCAACCCGAAGAAGAAGAAUUAUGAGCGUCUGCAGAAAGCUCUAGACAGUGUGAUGUCUAUUCGGGAAAUGACACAGGGCUCAUAUCUGGAGAUUAAGAAGCAGAUGGAUAAACUGGAUCCUCUGGCUCAUCCGUUAUUGCAGUGGAUUAUAUCCAGUAAUCGCUCUCAUAUUGUAAAGUUGCCACUCAGUAGGCAGCUGAAGUUCAUGCACACGUCUCAUCAGUUUCUGCUGCUGAGCAGUCCACCAGCAAAAGAAGCUCGAUUUCGCACCGCAAAGAAACUCUACGGCAGCACCUUCGCCUUCCAUGGCUCGCAUAUUGAGAACUGGCACUCAGUUCUGAGAAAUGGACUGGUCAAUGCAUCUUAUACUAAACUGCAGCUGCAUGGAGCAGCGUACGGGAAGGGCAUCUAUCUGAGCCCCAUUUCCAGUAUUUCCUUUGGAUACUCAGGAAUGGGGAAGGGCCAGCAUCGCAUGCCCACUAAAGAUGAGUUAGUCCAGCGAUAUAAUCGAAUGAACACCAUGCCACAGAGUCGUCCCAUACACUCGCGGUUCCUCCAGAGCAGGAACUUAAACUGCAUCGCUCUCUGUGAAGUGAUCACGUCUAAAGACCUGCAGAAGCAUGGGAACAUCUGGGUGUGUCCGGUGUCUGACCACGUCUGCACACGCUUCUUCUUCGUGUAUGAGGACGGUCAGGUGGGAGAUGCUAACAUUAACACACAGGAGCCCAAGAUCCAGAAGGAGAUCAUGCGUGUGAUAGGCACCCAAAUCUACUCCAGCUGAAAGAGGACUUUCCUGAGACCGACAAGUUUAAGGGAUAAGCCCCGCCCACAACCCUUCGACUUCCCACAGAGCCGCUGUCAAUCAAAAGCAGCCUGGCGCCUGAUUGGACGAGACGGUUGGCCAAUGAACUCGCAGGAGCGUGAAGUCGCACCUGUUGAUAGUUUGAUCCUCUUCAUAUCAGUUCGAUGGAUCUAUACACAUAAAAACAAGAACGUCGUUUAAAAAUGUUUAUUAUUGGAUGUAAAUGUUGAAUCUGUGUUCGUAUCUUCUUCAUCUGUCUCCUCCGCUGCUCUUUCUGACUGAUGACAUUUAUUAAUAUCCCAGAUGUAUUUAUCUAGGAGUCUCCUGCUGGAAACAAUUCCCUGUCUUUUGUUGAUUUAUCACCCGUCAGAUCACGGAUGAGAGGACGUCGUUACUCACGUUUAGACUUUUCUCUUUUACGUGACGCCGUUUUGAUGCCGUCAUCAUGCUUUUAUUUCCAUUCUCAGACAUUCCCAGGGCUUGUGGGUAAUAUUUCACAAAGCCUGCAGAGGGAAGAUGUACAGUAGCAGUCAAACAUUUGGA